AUGGCAGCAGAAGAAUCUGAGAUUGUUAGCGCUUCAGAAGUAAGCAACGUAUCCAACACGGAGGAGUCUUUAUUAGAGAAGAUUCAAGCCAAAUUUGGGGAAGAAAUAAAGACCGCUUUUGAAAGUAAGUCAGUUUUUCUCACCGGCAGCGUGCACAGUUCAAAGAUGUGAGUGAGACUGUGGUUUGAACGAAGCUUGACACUUUACCUGAUGUAAAUAGAAUGUUUUUUGUGUUUACUGCAAUUCAUCUAAUUGGAACUGCUGUAGAUUGCUUUAUUCCAAACAGUGUCAAUAAUUCAACACUGAAUAUGUAUCUGAAAUUAAACAUUAAACUCUUGUUUCUUAGAGGAGGAGAUAAUUGAUGACGCCUCGAUUGAAGACUUGACUCAGAGAGAACCGGACGCGCCAAUAUUUUCGAGAUUGGGUUUAACGUAUCGAAAAGCGGUGAAAUUUAGAAAAGAAUUUGGAAGACACGUAAAUUCAUUGCAGUCAAGACCAUCGUCUCCACAGGUUAAACCAACAAUGGCGGCUAUGGCUGGCUUUUCACCAGAAAUGAAGCGACUAUAUUUAGCAAAGUAAGGCGAUUUUCUACUAACUCAUUGCUGACUAUGGGCGUUCUGGUUAUAUUAACCUUUCGGGCCCGGAAAGCUGUUUUAGGUUUGCCUGUUUAAUUCAAGGUCCACACGAAAAUGACGCACGAUGAAACAAUCAGUUAAUUAACGAAGCAAAAUUGACUGGCUUGUGAACCAGGAACUGUGCUUAACUAUUCAGCAGGUUUUGAUAUUACAGUUUCUUCCCUGUGUUAGGGCCAGCGUUCAAUGGGUUUAGUUUGGGUUGAUAUUCAGCACUAUAAUAUACUCUAACAGAUAAUUCUUUGAUCCAUCAUUUGGAAUAGUACUAUGGCCGGCCUUUUUUGCUAAGUUUUCAGUGUCAAGUGUGCUAGCUUGUAAUAUCAUAUUAUUUGUCACCUAACUAUUAAUGCUGAUUCCUUCUGUUCCUGCGAGUUUUGUGUUUGAGUAUGUUGUAGGUUGAUAAAAGUUCACUGAUGUUAAGCAAUUUCGACCUAAUUUGUUCUUGAAUUUUUUUUUAUUCAUAUUUAUAAGAAAUCAGAAGCAAAUGAAAUUCAAAUAUGAAGUGAAUUAAAAUCAUGUAUUUUAGCUUACACUAAUGGUCAAAUGUCUAAUACAUCUUCAACUCCUUCACAUUUUGCAUUAACAAUAUUUUACAGACGCAAACAAGUGGGAGUACUUGCAAGUGAGCACUGGAAACACAAGUUGCCAAAAUUCAAUACACCAGAAAAAAAAGCUGAGCUUGAACAGUUUGCUAAGAAGAUCUCUGAUGAAUGUUCACUGCCAGAGGCUGGCUUUUUCACANACAAUAUUUUACAGACGCAAACAAGUGGGAGUACUUGCAAGUGAGCACUGGAAACACAAGUUGCCAAAAUUCAAUACACCAGAAAAAAAAGCUGAGCUUGAACAGUUUGCUAAGAAGAUCUCUGAUGAAUGUUCACUGCCAGAGGCUGGCUUUUUCACAGAUGGUAUUGCUCAGCAUAUUAAAAGCUUCUUCAGUGAGCAACGAAGAUUCCAUAAAAGCAAAAAGGUAUUGGGAUUUAUGUUAAUAUAGGUUGGUUGGCAUUCUAUGAUAUAUUGCGAGAUUUGAAAGGGCAAUAAUACUAAUAAUAAUUAUUACUAAAACAGUCAGCCAUUGGGCAAUAAUUAUUAUUGUCCAAUGGCUGACUGUUUUUCAUCUUGAAGUUGAAUUGUGUCAUUAUAAUAAUUAAUUAUUGCUGAAUAGGUUUCCUAGUCUCUUGGCAACUCACAUCUAUAAUAUUGCAAACCUGCUUCUAUGUUAUGAAAAAGGUGCCAUCAGUGCUUUGGCAUGUUAUUGACAGAAUACCAUCUUCCUAGGUUGUAGUACUACCAUCUUGUUCAGAAUCCAGCUCCAACAGUGAAGUAGAAUUGACACCUCCUCCCAAGUUGCCAUCUAUGGUAAGUCAUGGCAAGAUGCUGCUUGUUUAAUAUGUUAACAUCCUCUUUAAUUACAAUUUAAUACCAUGAAGAGAGCAAAAGCAGGUGUUGAGUCUAGGCAAUAAUAACUUUUUCAGUCAAUCAGGUGCACUGUUUUUUUUUUAAUGUGCAAGAUAUAUAAUUUAUUUGAGGGUGGUGCUUUCUAACAAAUCAUAGCAAAAUGAAGUAAUGCACUGCAUGCUUAAUUCUUUUAAACAGCCCAAAGAAGAGGAUGAAAAGAAUGCCAAGAAAAAAAGAUUUUCUCCACCUGAGGUAUUGCAAUGGAAACCUGUUUAAGCCUUUUAUAAAGGAAAAUAUUUGUCAUGAUGAAAAGGUACAUAUAAUCAUGGUGUGGGGUUGUGUUGGGUCUUCAGCUUCAAGCUGGAACACUUAAACACUUUUCAAAUGUUUAGGAUUUUCAUGAAAAGGCAACUUAAUGCACCUCAAAUGGUUGUUGUUUUAAAUCCUUCCUGGCCAUCUUCCCAAUAAAUUUUGACAACCUGUCAAGUUAAGAUUUUAUUGAAUUUUUGCACAACGAAGGUGAUAAUCUUGUACUGCACUACCUCAGUUACAAUCAAGGAUCAUUUUUCCCAUUAUCAGUCAGGUUGUAGUCACCAUGCAAAAACACUUAAGUAAAAUUCACUUUAAAACCUAUAAAGCUUGUAUUUGUCAAAUCGCUGUAAAUUUAAGGCUCUACUGUGUGUCUUUAGGAUGAUGAUGAUAACCAUUCAGAGGGGUCCACAGAUACAAUGAUAGUAAAUGAGGAAGAAGAAGCCUCUGGAGAAUCAGCUGAACCAGAUAUCAGAGAUAACAAGAUGUCCAAAAAGUCAGCAAUGGUGAUAAUUAAAGCAGUAACUGAAAAAAUUCCAGAUAGAGAAGAACUGGUCAAACAGUUAAAAGGAAGGUUUCAGGUUACCUAA